UGCGCGGGCUUCCACGUGCGUGCGCGUGCGCGCCUGCCUUGGCGUAGCGCGCACGUGUGUACACAUCCACCACCACCACCGUCGCCUCUCCACGUCGCGCCGACAUGAACAUCGACACGCUGCUGGAGGCCGCGCGAUACGUGGAGUGGCAGGACAAGCAAGGAUCGCGCGCGGACAAGCUCGAGAUCUCGUUGGAGCGCGAUGUGGAAGGCCGGCUGUCGAACGGGGACCAUACCCCGCAUGUGUACACGCUCGUGCUACCCACCGGCGCGCUGCUGCCCUCCGCAGCGACGCCCUCCUCGGCUCGGCAGCCCACGAACGGCACGUGCGAUGCUCACACGGGCGAGCGCGUGCACGCCGUCUCGGCUGUCACCGGCGCCACUGCUCCGCCUUCGACCCUGCACCAUCACGGCACCCCCCAGGGCCCGGGGGGGGCGGCGGUGGCGGCGGCGGCGGCGGCGGCGGCGGCGGCAGUGCCGCCCCCAUCGGCCAGCUCGACAUCCGACCCGAGCAAAUUGACGCCCGAUUACAAGAGGUUCGCCCCAACGCAGCCUCUGUUGGCCGGCACAAAUGCCACACCAAGGUCCGGCCUGGGUGGUCGGGCUGCUCAGCAGCAGCAGCAGGCGAACGUUGCCACAGCGGGUGGGAUGAUGGCAGUGACGGUUUCGCCAUCGCAACCACCUCUCGCAGAGACUCCAGCCCCGAUCCCAGCCCCAGUUAAUGCUCGAUUUGCGAACCCAGGCCGCGUCCUGCUUCACCAUCAUCAGAACCAUCAGCAGCAGCAGCCCGCCUUGCUGCUGCCCGCGUCCACGUUUAAGGAGCCGUCGCUCUCUGCGGGUUCGGGCUCCGAAAGUCCCGGCCGAGCGUUCUCACAGGCCGCGGGGCCGGGUUCAGCGAGUCCGGGCCAAGCCGGGGUCACUGGCCAGUCGGCUCAGCCAGCGCUGCUACCGCCCAUGGCGCCCAGCAAGGUCGUACAGGCUUCGCCAGAUGAGCUAUUUCCAGCCGAUCAGAAGAGGAGACCAGGAGGUGCCGGAACGAGGGAAGUCCACAACAAGCUCGAAAAGUCCAGGCGCGCUCACCUCAAGGAGUGCUUCGACGCGCUCAAAAAGAUCAUCCCCAGCAUGGAGGAGAAGAAGACGUCAAAUUUGACGAUCCUGCGUGGAGCCCUGCGCUAUAUCCAGGUGCUCAAGCGGAAGGAGAAGGAGUUUGAGCACGAGAUGGAGCGGCUGGCCCGCGAGAAGAUCUCGUCACAGCAACGCCUUGCCGACCUGCGCAACGAGCUGGGCGAGAGCCUGGACUCGGCGCACAUUGAGAGCCUCCUGCGCCAGGCCAUGCCCCGCGGGCCCACACCGCGGCCGGGACACUCGAAUAGCCGCGGCGCCACCGCCGCCACCGAUGACGACGAGGAUGACUACGCGGAGGACGACGACGCGACCUCCACAGCCUCUGAGGGAGAAGAAAACGUGGAUGAAGAACUGGAGAAUUCUGGACCCGUCCUGCCUUCUGAAACACCAUCGUGGUUCCAAAAGACAGCAUCAUCCCAGAAUGUACCAUCCCAGCCUCUUUCCCAGAGUGCACCGAUGCAGCCUUUUUCCCAGAAUGUAAAGGUGCAGGCUUUUGCCCAGAGUGCGCCUUGGCAGGCCCUUCCCCACGGUGCAAAAGGACCGGCGGCCAGUCAGAACGCCACGGUGCAGAUCUUCGCCCAGCACACGGCAUUGCAGGCUUUCCCUCAGGGUGCUCCGGUGCAGGCCCCUUCCCACGAGCCGCCUGUACAGACCUCUCAAAACGCGGCCCUGCAGGCGUUGGCGCAGCACGCGACCGUGCAGACUCUAUCUCCACGUACCACGGUGCAGGUGCUCUCCCAGCUUGGCUCGCCAAUACAGGUGGCUUGCCACCCUGCGCCGCCAACCGCGCCGUCCAGUGCGACGCCUCGUAAAUCUCCACAGGCUACGUCACCGCAGCCGGCGGCGGCGGCGGCGGCGGCGGCGGCCGUCCGCCAGGUGCCAGCCGUCGGUCCGGGUCGGCACGUGGGCGCCCCGGUGUCCGCGGCCCAGCACGCGUCGGUGGUGCAGGCGGUGGGCGGCGCGGCGCCUCCCAGCUCCUCCCAGCAGCCCCUGCGGCCGCCGAAGCUGGCGACGGUAGUCGGCGCGCCGUCCCAGAAGCAGCACGCCCCGACGUUGCAGAACCACUACCACGCCGUGACGGUGACGCCGGCGACCGCUCGUGCUGUGGGCCCGGCGCCGUCGCACGCGCCGACGCUGCAUCAGAGCGUCGCGCAGCACGUGCUGACGCUGCCGCACGCCCUGGUGCACGACAAGGCCGGCGCGGCGACCACGCUGAGCCUGGCGGCGGCGGCGGCGGUGCCACAGAGGGCCGUCGCGUCCGGCCAAACGUCGGUCAUCCAGGCCCCGCUCGGCCACGCGCUUCACGUCCUCCGUCCCAUCAACCCCGACGUGGGCGGCAAGCCCACCCUGGGCGGCGGCACGAGCCUACAGGCGGCAGACAUUCGUGCCGUAUCUGCCGCGGGCCCCGGCUCCCCGGCGAUGAGCCACGCCGUGAGCGGGAGCCCCAAGGCGGCACCGCUGCUCAUCGGGCAGACCGGUCCGCUCGGACACGUGACGGGGGCGCACAUCCUUAUCGGGCGGCCCAGCGCCGCAGUGAUCCACGUGGCGCAGCCCGGCGUCCCGCAAGGCGUGAUCGGUGGGGUGGGACCAAGGGGCGGCCCCCGUCUGACGCGACCCCGGGGGGCCCCUCCAUCCGCGGUGACUCUGGAGGCUGCUCCGAAGGUGCCCACGCUCGUGCACCCUUUACCCGCCGGUGCUGUCGCCACCACCCACAUCAUCAGUUUGCCUGUCCUCAUCGGGCAAGGCAGCGGAGCGGCCGGUCAGCUGGCAGCUGCUUCGGUCCUGGUCGGACGGCCGGGCAGUUUGGUGGAGCCGCACGUCGCUCCCGCCGUCGCCUCCGCCUUGGCCGAUGCUCGCGCUGCUACCGCCAACGCCGCGGAUGCACAAGCGCCUGCCGGCGACGCACUUCCUGCCGUGGAGCAGCCCGAGCCAGCCGCUGCCACGACCGCAGUAGAGACGCAGCGAAACGUGACGCCCGCAGGAAGAGCUGCGCCGGCGCCGGCGUCGGCGCCAGCAGCAGUGCCAGUGACUGUGUCGGCGCCCUCGCCAGCGCCCUCGCCUGCCCCGCCGCCACGAGAUGCGGAAGCGCCGAAGUGAAGGGACGUUUCGUUGCGGCGUGGCCCAUGGACGAUUACGACGCCACGCUUUGUUUUUUUCGUUGCGCCUGUGCAGAUGUGCCCAUUGUGUAUUUGCCCGUGAGGUGUACGAGAACGGGCGUGGACGAAUUUGUGCACAAGUUAUUCACGAUGAUCGUUUGGGUAGUGCCGGUCGGGUACAUGAAUGACGUUGGUUACCGUGCAGUCGAACUAGUGUCUUCCUUUGGCAAAAAUGAUCCGAAGUUUUCAUUAUUGUCGAAGGUUUAAAUGUGUAGCUGAGCUAAUUUAAAUGAUAGAAACCAGCUGACAUUUGUAUAUUAUCGUAAUGUCAAUUUUAUAAUAAAUGGAACUUUUGUACAUAUUAAUUGCUGGUAUAUACUGUGAAGAUGUGGCAAGUGUGUUUAUUAUAAACCGACCCUGUGUGUUGCUUUGGGAUGCUUACUAAAGCUUUGCCCAGCUGCAUUUACACGAAGGAAAGAGUAAGCUCUUGAAAACGCUUAACUGAUGUAAUUUACAGUAGCCGAUGGUCAAAGUCUAUUAAACACUUAAUUUGUAAUAUUUUUUUUAUAUUACAGCAUAGCAUUUUGGUAUUUUGGCUAGUGCAAGCUUUACAUUCGAGAUAACUGUGCGUGAGGCAACGUGCGUAGCAGUGCAAUAUCCUGUGUCCUGUGCGAGUCCCUUGGGCGAGUCGUGGGGGCGCCGCACAGCGGAAACCAUCCCGCUCCCGUGUGGCGGUGGCUCACAUAGUCACAUCCCCCACCUUCCUCAACAACGAAACGUCUCUUGUCGGCCUCAGCGAUCUGCGCCCAGAGCUGGUUCACAUGACAACCAAGCCUCUGCCCGGGCAACGUGUUCUUUCGUAUGAACGCGUGGGUAUUGUUGACGACGGAAAUGAGAAGUCUGCAAUGGGUGAGCAAGCCAGGUGUGUUGUGGGGAAGUUUGGGAGAACUCUAGCUACGUGUUAUAGCUUAGCGACUGGUGGUAACCGAAAUGUUUCGACGGCCCCUGAAGCUGCCCUUGCUUUGGCUUUGUGUACACAGUUAUGUGUCCGUUAAGCCCAUAAGUCAUAGAAUAAUGAUUUUAUCUCGGUGGCUUAACUUGGCCCGAGGAGACCAGAAAUACAUUUUAGGCGAUUUUUUUUUGGUCCAAAACAUUUUCCUUUUUGCGACAUCACCGGAAAAAUGUAUCCAACUUGGCCAAUUUUGUUGUUGAAGGAUUUAAUCAUUGCCAUUGUGAAAUAAUAGAAUCUGAACAUGGGAUGUGGACAGUAAUCUCCCACAGGUAAAACAAACAUUGACCAUUGUAUUUCCCCUUUACUCAACAUCUUACAAUAUUACCCGUCCACGUAACAAAAGACAUACAGCUAGAACUCGGUCGGCAGGAUGACAUUGCCGCAUUCUUUGCAACCAAUGCGAGACCCCUCCGAAUUAGAUAACCCCUCCUCCCCCCCCCCCCCCCGUGCAAGGCACAACAAAGUAUCAAAACAUUACAUUCCAAGGCGCCUCGGACCAAAAUGAACAACGUUACAGCAGUACCUGGCGCAGCCGACAGAGGGAGAGAACGCAUCGCAGGCAACACGAGCUUUGACGUUUUCUGCAUUGUGCAAGCAGCAGAGUUCGCAUUGGGCAAGCUGUAAUUAGGAAGAAAAAAAACGAGUGGCCAAGCUUGUGUGCAAGAGAAAAAAAAGGUGUUCUUAACCAGUUGCGCAUAUUGUGCUCCAGCUCAUUCGGCUGUUUCGUAUUCCGGACCUGGCACCGAAUACAUUCGCAUGCCACACUUUUAACACGUGCCGCAAGCACACACACACCGCUGUUGAGCGUGGGGGAGGAGAGAUGCUCAUUUGACGACGCCGUGCGGAUUGGCUAUGCUUCACCGUGGCUUGUUUAAAUCGACUCGCAUACUGUCACCGUGACAAUAGAGGGACGGCGUUUUUUUAAAAUGCAUUUUUGCACUCGGAUAUUUUCUAACAAAACUGAAGGUUUUUUUUAAUGAAACAGGUUCUUUUAUUUUUGACCGGGCAUUGCAGCUGUACUGUUCUUGCGACCUUGCUCUUGUUUGUCUUGAAGCGGUCUGUCAUUUAUGAGCAGUCGGGGGGAUGGGGGGGGGUCACAUUAAGCGACCUGUAUUACCCUGGUUGAGCAUUGUAAUUCAGAUUGUGUGUGUGUGUACGUGGCGUACAUUGGUCUCGAUAACAUUUCCCAUUUAAACGGUGAGAAAAAGGGCGUUCAUAAAAAAAAUAUUAAUUACAUUUAGGAUUGUUGUAGCGUUAUGCCCAUUUUAAAGGCCUGCUGUGAUUCUAACGGCCACCCAGAAUAUGCCAAAAUACUCCGAAUGAUGUAUUAAUUAUCUCAAAGUUGAUGCCGACCAUCAAGCACUUGCCAAUUGCAAGACGUCUCAUCGUCAUCUUUGUCGAGGGAGGCUCAACUAAUUCAACACCCCCUGCCUCGAUGCUUCGUGGUGUUUGUUAUGGUGACGUUUCAUUCGCGUAACUGUUGUGUGUCAUAUGGCAGUCGCAGGUACUGAAAUUCACGGUACUGCAAUGCAAAUUUAUUGGAAAUAUUUACUGGCUCCGCCAUUGUACAACAGCCGUAUUUGUACAUCAGUUUAGAAUGGACGGCUGCACGUGAAAAGGUGGCUGUUGAUGAUUGAUGGUCUUGCGUCAAUCGAUCGAUAAUUGGGGGGUGGGUCUCAUCCAUCAACCAAUAAAGUGGGCACUUCACCAUCAGCCAGGAGAUACGACAUUCCGUGUAUAGCCUACCCCCCCCCCCCCAAUCCAUAACCUUGGUUUUGGGUAUGUGGUGGUUGUCCUAUAACUGUCUCCCAUCGUGGAAUGUGGAAUGUUUACAUCCUCAGGGCUGGCAAUGGAGAUUGAGCACGCCUCCCCCAUACUCACUUGAACGUGGUCACACUAACGAGGGAUUCAUGAGGAUACCAAAAUUUAGAAUACAACGAGAAAUGCUCUAUAGGUCAGUACAAUGAAAUUAGUUGGCAAAUUCCUGGACGUUGAAAUAUCUUUUUAGGGUGCGUACGAAAUGUUUUGUGUGUUUUACAUCCGAUACGUCUUUGGGUUGUGCCUCGUGUUGUUCGGCCUGAUGUGUGACGAUGCAUCCACGUGCUGUUUUGCUUCUGAUUCAGUUCCGAUGACGUACACGGGUGCGUCAUGACGUACGUCCAAUGGAAUCGAAAUAAAAACUUACGACAUACACGUACGUCAUGAUGUACACGUACGUCAUUGUGACGUCAUUGGAAGAAAAACGUAACGACGCAUGUGUACGUCGUAGGAAGGAGAAAAGGUUAAAUUACCCCUCAAGGUGUGGAUGAUGUUGGGAUGAUUAUUUUGCCACCGUUUGUGUAUUCAAUACUUUAAACAUUUUUUUUACAAAUGCAAAUAUUUAAUUGCCUUUAACUUGAGUGUGAACAUGAGUUAAAAAGUAGUAACACCAUUUUUUUAAGUAAGGCAUUGUCACUGGUCGAGAGUAAUUGUGGGAUGCUGAACAGGAGCAAGUGAUGUUGAUUUGCUUCUGUGCAUGUUCAGUUACCGACAACCGUUGCACAAGAUUGAAUACUCCAAUUUGAGUGUCCCUUAUGUUUUUGCAUAGUCAACUUCUUCAGCUGUACAAUAUGAGAUAUUGUCAUGUAUGUUGCCCAUGCAAAUUAAGGCACGUGAUUCAAUUAUUGAUGUAUUCACAUCUGAACUUAGGGCCGCUUUAAUCAUCUUGAAUUUUGCUGUAAAAUUGUCUCAACGGCAGCGCCAGGACGGAAUGAUACACGCCAGGUUUAAGUGAUCUUCCACAAAGUUGUACAAUGAACCGCAUUGCUGGGUUCAGCCAUUAGCGGAACAUUGGUUAAUCGAAAUGGUGAAUGCUCCUGAAAGUUUAAUUCUUCAGCAUAUAUUUAUGCAAAGGCUGACAAGUUUUAUUCUAUAUUAAGAUUUCUUGCAAAUUUGUACAGAAGUGAAAUGUCCAUUAAAAACAUGUUUUAAAAAUCUG